CUUUGACCUGAUGUGUGUGUGUCUCCUCUGACAGGGAGAAGAUGAUCUCCAGGUUCCUGCUGCUCAUGGCGCUGAGCUGCUGUGUCUGUGGAACAUUAGUAGUGAACGUGGCUCACACCUCCUAUCAGGCAGAGGAGAACCAGGACGUCACACUGGAGUGGACCUUCACUCCAAAACAACUUGUCUAUGUCUUCUGUGACAAGUUGACUAACAACAAAAACCCAGUCCUGUUUCAUCUUCAUGAAGGAGUCGAGAUCUCUGAGUCUCAGGAUGAAGAGUUUUCAGGACGAGUCCAGUUUGACAAAGACGUCCUCAGAGAGGGACGAAUCAGACUUCAUGUGUCCUCACUCAGGACUGAAGACUCAGGCUGGUACAGGUGUAAAGUGAAAUCCAAUUCUGGUGUCAGCUUGGACCAAUGUCAUCUCACUGUGACUGCAGCUGUUCAUGAGCCUGAAUCUCAGAGACCAAUACUGAGACCAGAACCAGAAGAUCCGACUCCGGUAUUGACUGGUUUCAUUAUUGGAAUGAUGAUAUGGAUAAUGUAUAGUGAACAGGUGAGGGCAUGA